CCGGAAGUAAAUCUUUGAACCCCGCUCGCAAUGUAUUGUGGGAAGGCGGAAAAGACACCCAUUCAGUUCGGAUCGUCCGCCACACGUUGUAACCCGCCAAAGAGAAAAACGGGAAAAUAGUCAAGAAACUGCUUCAAAACGAAACAAAGAAACAUUAAAAAUGUCGAUCGGAGUCCCCAUCAAGGUCCUGCAUGAGGCAGAAGGACACAUCGUGACAUGUGAGACCAACACCGGGGAGGUUUACAGGGGCAAGUUGAUUGAGGCUGAGGACAACAUGAACUGCCAGAUGUCCAAUAUAACAGUCACCUACAGAGAUGGUCGGGUGGCGCAGUUGGAGCAAGUAUAUAUCCGUGGCAGCAAGAUCCGGUUCCUGAUCUUACCGGAUAUGUUAAAGAAUGCUCCGAUGUUAAAGAGUAUGAAGAACAAGAAUCAAGGAUCUGGUGCCGGAAGAGGCAAAGCAGCAAUCCUCAAAGCACAGGUGGCUGCAAGAGGAAGGGGACGCGGUGGAAUGGGACGUGGAAACAUCUUCCAGAAGAGGCGAUAAUUUCUUUUACACUUCAACCUCUAUUGUUUUGGUGUAUAGUCUUGUUUUAAAAUUUCUUUUCUGUUAAAUUGGAUCGCUUGUUUGCAGUUUGCAAUCGGCCCUUAGUGAAGUUUUUUUUGUUUUUGUUUUUUUUUAUUAUUAAAAAUAAACAUUUUUAAUUUUCGAAUGUUUCUUUUAAGUGAAUCACCUCCUUGUUUUGCACUUGUGUCCGAUUAUUACGUGACAGAAUGCUGGCAAAAGAAGAUUUAUUUUCAUAGGAAUAUUUACUCUCUAUUAAUU